AUGGCAGACGAAAUGAAUAUGACCCCCGACUCCUCAUCCUGGUCGAUGCCAUCGGCUCCGAUCCUCACACCCUCGCAUUCCAGCGCCGUGAUCAUCUCGAAUUAUAAACGAGAUCCAUCUGAACAGGAUGUCAGCCAACGAAUGCUCCAUCUGGGUCGAUCCAUGAACAUUAUCGGCCCAAAACUUAUCUCGCGCCAGAGAUAUGAAUCCGAGGCUCUUGGUAGUGGUGCCAAGUUCGAAGUUUAUGCCCAUAAGCUUCCAGAAGGUCGAGAUACUGAAGAUGGGAUGUUAUGGGAAGGCAUCGAUGUUAGAAGACUUGCUUUCAAGAGAGGUAAAACGUCUCUGAAGAAACCCGAGGAGCUCGAUGACCCUUCAACUUCAUGGGUUGCCGUCGUUUCGGAAAGUCAAGAUAGUAUUGGUGACGUGAGAGGCGAUGAAAAAAAGGCAAAGCAACUAGAGCAAGUAGCCGCAGUAGUAAGAGAAAUGAAAGCGCUUGCUCGCGAUAGCCUUCGCCGCCACCGAAAUAUUGUGAAGCUCUUCGCCUGGGGAUUCGAUAUGGAAGAUUUCAAUAAUGGGUCUCUGAUGACACCAAUACUAGUUGAAGAAAGAGCUUGGGGUACAUUUAGCGAGCUCCUUGCAACAGAGAGACUAGGUGCUGUAGAACGGUUCAAUCUCUGCCAUGAUGCUCUCCAGGGCCUCACCGCUCUGCACAAAGAAGGCCUCUACCACGGUGAUAUUAAUCCUAAGAAUAUUCUUGUUUACCAGGAGCAGGAAUGCAUCGUUGCGAAGAUCAGUGAUUUCAGUCAUUGUGGCUUCUUCCCAACAGAGCCUGGAGAUAUGGUCUGGUACCAGGGUACCAAAGGAUGGCAAGCUCCCGAAGUUGGCGAUAGUCUCCCAGCUUCCAAAGCGGAUAUCGUAGCUCUCGAAUCCUACUCUUUUGGCCUUGUUCUAUGGUCUGCAGUCGGCCUUGCAGGGAGAUCUCCACUUCUUAAGAGUCCAGCGGCUAGCUCCUCCCUUCCAAACUUCGCUCGUGCUUGCCUUGAAAGCUAUGAUCUCCCUUCGAAUGUUUUAGCAAGAGUCGAGAAUACCAUCCCACGGCUCAUAAAUCACGCCCCCAAUUCCAGAUUUUGGGUCAUUGCUGGGAUGUUGGGGGACCAGCUUCCAAUGCAGGGUCGACGACUUGUUUUACACAUGUCUACACCGAUAAAUCUGUCUAUGGAUGAAAGCUUUCAGCAUCUCGAUGCAUUCAUACGGAGGCAUACCAGGAAAACUCAGGUCCCGGACCCCAAAGCAGCCAACGGCACCACAACCAAUCCAUUCCUGAGAUUAAUGGUCCAGGAAGCCUACAUUCGCAGUAUAGAUUGGAGACUCACGGGUGCCCCGAUCCUUUCAGGCUUCGCUAUACCCGCAUAUCAGCGCCCUGAUCCACAAAACUACCAACCUCCCGUAGCGAAGCCUCUAAAACGAUAUAGGUUUAUGGAUCUUCAUGAAUUAGAGAAAAUUGAUGAAGAACGCCAGAAGGGUGAAUUUAGUUCACUUGCGGCUGGAGAACUCUUUGAUAUUGCCAUUGGGCUCUAUUCAUACGAUGAAGAGCGCGGGUUACUUUAUCUACGACAAGCUGCUAGUAUUGGCGACGUUCGAGCUCAAGCUUUGUAUGAGACACUUGCAUCAAAAACUUCACCACGAGUUGUGCCUGCCGAUACUCUCCAACAGUGGGCCUUCGAUGCUGCUGCAACAGGUUUCACAAUAUCUCCACAGUCUUCUCCAAACUCGUCAGCACGACUUGCUGGAACUCAAUUCCGAGGAAACUCGGGAUACAAUUGUUACUCUUAUGCGAAAGAGAACGGCAUGCGUAAUGUGCAAUGCUUCCAUAUGGAUCUCGAGUCUAUGAAGGAGUAUUUGCGUUCCAAGAAGUUUCAAAACAUACAGGGCCAGAUUCAGCUUGAUGGGCAUGAGCGGAAUACUCUUCUCCACCUUGCAGCGUUAGCGGGAGAUCUCGAGGUUAUGAAGGGUUUUACGGAACGAUUCACUGACCGGCCCUGGGCUUUGAAUCCCAUGAAUGAGAGAAACGAAACUCCAUUGCUUAUCGCCUUCCGUAGUGGAAACGCGGAGGUAAUCAAGAUACUUCUAGAGGCUGGAGCAUCAGCAAACAUUCGUGAUGGGAAUCAAUCGCCGCUUCAUUGGUUAUUCGCUGUCCCUGCCGAGUCCAUGGCUGAAAUCUCUAAGCUCGCUGUAUCAUCUGGUAAAGCCAGAUUAAACGCUAUAGCACCCGAUACCCCAAUGCUCCACUUCCCAUUCUACCUGCCAAAGGGAUCUCCCCUCGUUUGGGCAGUCGCUGCUGCCUCUCUUCCCGCCGUCGAAAUAAUCUCUGAAGCUAUCGUCACCCAUCCAGACCUCACCUCUGAAGAAAAAGAAUCAUGCUUUACAGGUGCAAUUAAUUUGGCCAUGGUCCGCCACGAGGCAGACAUGAUGAAAAUCAUGCUCGACACCGCAAAGUCUCACGGUGUUAAUCUCACUAGUAUUGCCUCCGAAGCGUUCGAAUGGUCCGUCAUUGACGUUCCCGAAGACUCUGAUGACAUCCCCAUCGCUGCUACGCCUCUGUCCGGUGAUUGGAGAGAUGAAUUGGUCCGAACUAUCCGCCAUGGCAACGAUCCAAAGAAAUUGCGACAAACCCUUAUGCACCUCAACUCUCUCCAGACAAGUCGUGUCGUUGACGCGGAGGCUGAUGCAGCCACUAAUAUUGCUGCUAGUUUUACAUAUCUCAAGCAAGUCAUCCUCCAACAUGACUCAGUCUCCACCACCCGUCUCCUCCAACGCCAUGGCUCAACUUAUUCAAAAUCCGACCUUGGAACCGCUCUCUUCCUCAACAUCGAACACAAUUGGACUCUCCCCUCAAAUCCACAUUUUCCAGCUUUCAUGGACAUAUUUCGCGGGCUGAUAAAUGCCGGCGCAGAUGUCAACAUGCCAAACCCCCUCCCUGCCGGCCUAGGUAACACGCUUAUGCACGUUAUCAUCAGGAAAUACACGGACGAACAUUCAGGAUCUCAGAUCAACGAGAUUCGUGCGCUAGUGAUCCUCCUGAUCAGGGUAUUACACAGUUGUGGUGCGGAAUUGAACAAGAAGAAUACAGUUGGAAUGACGGUCAUGGAUUAUGCUUUGCACAAUAACAGGAAUUUCAAGCAAGAUGAGGAACUCGUAGAUUUGUUGCAUAAGUGGGGUGUAAAGAGCACCUUUAGGCUGUUGCCGACGAGUGUGGAAGAUAGGAUUGGAAAUUGGAAUUCAAGACAGCUGGAGUGGAAGCAGCCGGAACCGGAGAGAGUCGAUGUUAGGAAAACGGGACUAGCUAUUAGGUGGCAUGAUGGGGGUGCUGAGGUUAAUGAGGAGAUGAAGGAUAAUGAAGUAGAUGAAGACUACGAGGAAAUUGUUGUCGGGUUGAAUAGAUCUGCUAUUUAG